CGCACUGCUUCUCCAACACUACACCUCGUCGAUUCAUUCCCCAAAGGCGUCGCACCAGCUUCACAGGACGUCGCUACUAGGAACUCUAACCUGCCAUCACGGAAUCUCCCAAUUCUUCAGUCGGAUCGUGUUCUAUCAACGAGUUCAAGGGAGUGCAAGUGGAGGACUAGCUACUCCUUCAACGCAAGUACCGACACUCUCAGACGAGGAAAGAAGGAAUGAGGAUGUAUUCUUAAAUGGUGAAGGGGGCAUGAGCUCAGAGAGAUCACACUCCACACUCAAAAGGGAAACGCAAAGUUGAUGAAGCGAUGGGAUCCAGCACUAAAGACUGGAAGAGUGUUUUGGCUAAUGUGGUCCACACGUACACGACAACAACGAGUGAAAAAGAAAAGAGGCGUCGUACUCGUGAUGAAGAUGUUAGCACCACAUCUAAAGGGGCAACUAGAAACUUUUCUAUGACCCGAUGCGUUGAAGUCAUAAAUGAUAUGCCGAAUGUGUCAACCCGUGCAUAUAAUGAUUCUAUCGAUGCACUUACAGAUGUUGUCCGGCGUGAGGCCUUUAUGGCUAUGCCUGCAGACCGACAAUUGGAUUGGGUUUUGAGAUUUGAUUCUAACCAAUUCGAUUGUGUUUAAUCUUCCUAAUCUAUGUUAUAAGUUUUAUCUAUAUGCACUUGAACACUUUGUUAGAACAAUAUUUGUCUACGUAAUGUUUGUCGAAUUAUUGAAAGUAUUUGUUACGUAUAAUGUGAUUUUGCAUUUUUAUCGCACUUCAAAGUACAAUGUUAAACUUUAUUGCAGAUACACAAUGUCACAUGUUGGCAGUGGUGGUGAUAUUUCAGACUCUGCAAGUGACGAGGAUGAUGAGUUUGGGGCCCUACUAUUAAUGGUUACAUGUGUUUUAGUUGACGUCGAAAGAAUUCCAUGUCGAACGUCUAUACUGACAGGUCUUUUAGUGUUAUGCCAAGGAGUGGGCCAACGUACAUGUGCAGAGCGUUUCCAGCAUUCAAUGCGAACUAUUCACUUAUGUGUCAAGCAUGUGGUGAGAGCACUUGCACGAUUGGGCAACGAAGUUAUAAGGUCAGUUAACAGGGGGCCGUUCAACCAGAAAUUUUAGAAAAACCGAAAUGGUAUCCUUAUUUUGAGAAAUGUGUAGGGGCCAUUGAUGGUACUCAUGUAGCAGCCUCGACACCAGCUUCUAAACAAAAGACGUUUCACGGUAGACAUUCAACGGUGACUCAAAAUGUCAUGGCGGCUUGUAGUUAUGACAUGUUGUUUAAGUAUGUAUAUGCGGGUUGGGAGGGAACGUGCAAUGACUCUCGAGUAUUUUUAGAUGCAAUUACAAGAAGUGAAAAUGGGUUGCCCAUGCCUCCUAUCAGUUAUUACUAUGUUGUUGAUGCUGGCUAUCCAAAUGUUCCGGGUUUUUUAGCCCCAUACCGUGGAGAGAGUUAUCACUUAAAUGAUUUUCGAGGUCGAGGACGAAUACGCAAUAAGCAAGCUUUAUUUAACUACCGACACUCGUCCUUGUAUAAUGUGAUCGCGAGAUGAUUUGGAGUACUAAAGGAAAGAUUUCCCAUUCUAGACAUAUCACAUGGUUACCCAUUGAAAAGACAAGUUCAAAUUCCCAUAGCUUGUUGCACAUUACAUAACUUCAUUCGCAUGCAAGAUAGGAACGAUUGUUUGUUCUGGGAGUACGAGGAAGAGGAUAUGAUAUUUAACACGGAGGCAAGUACAAGUGAAAAUGGAUCACUUCAGUUUGAUGUGUCUCAACAACAACAAAUGCAUGAAGUUCGAGAGAGUAUUGCAAAUGCAAUAUGAGAUGAUUAUAAUGUAUGAGAUGUCGAAGUACGACCGAUGUUCUGAUUACCAUAAUGUCACUUAUUGAACUUUCAGGGUUGGGGAACAUUUAUGUUAAUUUUUUGUGUUAUUCCAAAUGUUUGUAAUUGUGGAUUUGUUUUCCAAAUAUUAAGUCAACAUUUUCUGGUAAAAAUGAAAUGGAAAAUGAAAUGGAAAAUUUUCUGGUAAACAUGUUUUCUGAUUUGGAAAACAAAAACUGAAAAACGAAAACAGAAAACUAGAGACUUGAAAACAGAAAAUGAAAACAAAAAAAUAUUUCUGUUAGCGUACCCUUAGUUUUUCAAGAACUCUUUGUGCCCCCAAAAGAACUAUGAUACCCACCUGAUGAUAAUGACACUAUAAUCUGUUGAGAGCUUAUUUCUCAAACCUUGUACUGUUUCUCACCAAGUUUCUAGAAGAGCUGAAAGAGAACCUUCCAUUAGGUUAUGUAUGUAUGUAUUUAUAAAAAAGAGAUCUGCCUUUAACUCCUGCAAUAUUGUUUCUCUUUUAGCAGAUUUGACUCUCCGGUGGCUGCCCAAUGAAUUAGUAUAUCACCUAUGUUGUCAGCGAUGCCUCCCAUAAGUGAGUUUCCAUUUAGAACAGUUAAAGGAAGUCGACCUAUAUCAACAUGUGAUAGCUUAUCAUCGGUAGUGAUUCAAAAGAUAAAACCUUUUAGCCUCCAUGAUGCUGAAAGAAACAAAGGUGUGUCCUUUCUUGUGAAUUAUCAAAUUAUGUUGAGGGCAGCCCCUGAUUCUCUGCUUCUCUGGAGCUUGUCUGCUUUACCCCCCCCCCCCCCCCCCCCCCCCCCCGAGUAUAAGUAGGAGCAUUGAGCCCAAGUCCCUGAGCCAAUCAUCUACAAGAAGAAAGAGGAAGAUUCCCUGCUUCCCUAAAGGAGUAACUGAUCUCUUAAAUGGCUGAGUAACCCUCCUGCACUAUUCAAAUGCGAAUAAAAUGAAAAAACAAAAGGGACGAAGACCGAAACCAGAAUGAAGAACUAAGAGGAGCAAUGCAUCUGUCUGCCAAAUUCAAUCGGAUAGUCAAAUGCCCCAUUAUAGCUCUAGUCCUGGACAUGCUAUCCUGUUCAUUCAAAACAGCGAACUUCUGCCAUCUUCUUGGAAUUGAUCUAUUUAAGUGUUCAGGACGAGCUUUAAUUUCAUUUGAAAAUCAAAGAAGGCAAGACCAUGUGCAAACUAGACAUAUGGGGCCACGUAGCCAUUCAGAAAAACAUAUGAUCUUCAGUGUGGCCUUUUCCUGGGACAUAAAAAUUAGGAAUCACAAGGUACUCCCUCUACUUUAAGAAGGUUCAUUUGACAUGGGAAUUGGUAUGAGGCACAUUAUCCAUGCUAAAAAGGGUCUCAGAAAGUGUUCUACAAGAACAAAUAUAAAAAAUGAGGUUCUUGACAUCAUCUCCAGUUUGAAUAGUAGGCCCUGAGAGACUCUACCAGCAGUUGAGUUUUGUCGUUAAAAUUUGCUAUAAUUACGAUGAGUUCUCUUAUUCAAAUCUACGGAUAUGUUUUAUUUUUUUAUAUCACUUCUUGAUAAGAAUAGGACAUACAAGUUCUGAGAAACUGCAUGCAUGUUCCUGUAAUGUGGUUAAGGUUUUGAAAUAUGAAUUUUCUUCUAAUCAUAACUGUUAAAAUAUUCACAUGUUAACAUACAUCUUUUGUUGAACAUAGUAAAUAAAACUCUAUGUAAUUAUCGCUUUAUCCUGAGCUAAUCUAUUCAUGAUCUAAUAGCUCAUCAUCAUCAUCUUCAUUUUCAUCAUCAUCAUCACCACCCCAGUGCCGCAAAGGCUUCCACCUAUGGUGAGAUAAGGGGGGGGGUCGGAUGUACACAGUCUUACCCCUGUACUAAAACAGAGAGAGAGGCUGUUUCCGGAUGAUCCAUAGUGAACAUCGUGUCCAAAAUAGCAUGGACUGACCGCUGCUUCUUGACAAAGAAGCGCAGACAGUUUAGUAAGCCAUUUUGCUUUAUUCCAUCAUAUUUUCAAGCCAAAAAAUAGUGAGUCUUUGGCUCCACUGCAAGAGGGUGUGCACUUGUAAUGUAGCAUUGAGAAUAUUGAGAAUUCCAAUUAUUCUUAAAUGUGUGGUAAUGUCUCAAUCCACCUCCCUAAGAAUGCUUGACUAAUGAAGAUUUUUCAAUAGGAUGAGUAAGAGUGUAAGUGGCUAUGUGACAGUGUCGAAAGCCUUACCCUCGGUGUAUUGGGCUUUGCUCACUUUGUGUUGUUAUCCCUAGUUGUAGCUAUAUAUAGGCCUUAUACAAUCCUUUGAGCAGUGAUUAUAAGAAUGAAUAUCUGAUAUUUCAAAGACCGGAAAAUGCUUGUAGUCACAUUACUUUCACACUUUUCUAAAAGUAGACUAUAUAUCCUUAUCGCAUACCUACCCUUAUCACAAUAUGUGGGCUUAUAAGUUAGAUCUUUUGAAAUAGAAAGAAGAUGAGCAGUGUAUUUUGGCUAAAAACAAAAUGACGUUAAUGCCUGGAAGGACCCGCGGCUACCGGGUGAGAAUCCUUUGGUUAGAACGGAGGUAUGGUAAGGUUUGGAGAACUUGAGGAUGGAGGGGCUGUUAGUUGUAGGCGGAAUGGAGGGAAAUGGAUAUUGUCUCUGACAUCCUUCUGGAGGAAGAUCAAGAGCUGGUCUAUAGGAUCUCUUUGAGCAACCAGAGGGUAACAGAUAAGAUGUAUUGAGCGUGGGAGGCAUCUGGAGUGUACUCGGUUAGGAGCUGCUAUCAGGCUCUGGUGGGGGAGUUUGAUAAUGCUGGAUGGACGGGACGGGCUCGGCUUUAGAACUUCCUCAUCCCUCCAAAAGUUAAGUGCUUCUUCUGGCAGCUUUGCGGGGGUUGUUUACCUACGAAGGAUAAACUGAAAAGCAGGCAGGUGGAUGUGAUUCCUUCGUGUUGCUGGUGCGAAGAUGAAAUGGAAACGGUUGAGCAUCUUUUUUGCAAGAGUCGGCUUGCACGGGAAGUGUGGAAAAGACUUCGCUGGAGAGCAAAUUUGGGUGUGAAUGCCUAGUUCUUAGCGUGGGUCGAAUCUUUUUUCUCAGCUUCGAACGAGGAACAAUGCAGCGGCCUAGUCAACGAAGCGCCCUCUUUCCCUCUAGCUGGAGACGUGCUCAGGAGAUUGAGGAUAAGCUGCAGUCUGGUGGAGGUGGCCGUGAUCUACUAUGGAGGAAACCGUUAGAAGGCGGUAUAAAGAUCAACAAAGAUGCUGCUGUUAAACAAAUGGGAGGAGGCUGCGGUCUGGGUUGGGUUCCACGUGACAAUACAUGAGCAUUUCUCGCAGGGGAGGCUAUCCCGUGUCGGGGGAAAUAUCUACCGAGAGAGGCUGAAGCUUUAACCAUAAGGGAAGCGCUGAGUUGGGUUAUGGCACGGGGAUGGGAUAACACUGAAAUUGAGUCAGAGGCUUCUGAGGUUAUUUUAAGUAUCCAUCAUUUGAAUGGAGCCAAAGACUCACUAUUUUUUGGCUUGGGAAUAUGAUGGAAUAAAGCAAAAUGGCUCACAAAACUGUCUGCGCUUCUAUGUUGUGAAGCAGCAGACAGUCCAUGUAAUUUUCGACGUGAGUUUCACUGAAAAAACAGUCUCUCUGUGCUACAUGGGUAAGACUGCGUACAUCCGACCCCCCUUACCCCACCGUAGGUGGGAGCCUUUGCGGCACUAGAAUAAUGAUGAUGAUGAUGAGUGAAGGGCCGGAAAUUCAAGUUUCAGUCUGCUAAUUGAGGAUAUUAAAACUAUGGUGGCUAGUUUUUCUUUUAUUUAUUUUAGUAAUGUGAAACGAUCUGUGAAUUGUGUCGCUCAUACUCUGUCUAGAGUGGCCCAUAUGUAUGUGCGGCAUGUUGGUUCAUGAUUUAAUUAAUGAUAGUUGAUCGUUUUUAUUUUAAAAAAACUCUAUCACUUUUAUUAGUGACAACCAAUAGAAUCAAAACGGUCGAGGAAUAUGUGAAGCUUAAUAAUACUUAAUUUUUUCACAUAGUUUACUGUGUGUAUACUGAGCAGUAAUAGUAUUAAUAAUAAUAAUAAUAAUAAUAAUAAUGAAGUCAUUGGAUUUUUUAAAAUUUUGGAAGAGUCAAUUUGCUACAAAGCUUGGUGACAGUACUGCAUUACUACUAUCAGUAAACAAGGUGUUUAAUGUGCAGUUAUUAUUUAAAUGUGCGUUAAUGUUUCAGUUAAACGAUUGAAUGCUUUCUUGCACACUUGAAUAGUUAAAUAUAUACGAACCAAGAAGACUCAAAAGAUAUAUGAAGCUAUGAGCAUAACCGGCUACAAAACUUGUUAAAUGUACUUCUAUGAGUAAACAAGGUGCAUUUCCUGAUAUAUAUUCCCACCUUGGUCAUGAAAAACCGUAAAGAACUAAUGUAUUUAAUCUGUUGAGCAAAUAGGCAAAAUGAUGUCCCACCUACUGGUUGGUGGUGGCCCAAGUGGGGCCUUUUAGCUUCUAACAGAAACCUAAAGAAUAUGGAGUUUUCCCAUGCACUAAAACCAUAAUAUGUGAAAUCUCAUGGUUUGUUUCCUAAUAAAAUAUCUAGGGAUUAAACUAAUUGGUAAGCUUUAUUGUAAAUAAAGUAGUGGUUAGGAUAUCCCCAGCUGUUCUAGAUUCAAUGAAGCAUGUGGGGAGUGAUGUCUAAAGACAGACCAUUUUGUUGUAUUUUUUUGGGUAGGCAAAACCAUUUGUUGAUGUCUUGCAAGCUAGCAGCCCUUCCAUGUGGCACUCAAUCCUCCUCCCAGUGGAUCUAUUUAACAUCGAUGUUAUUAUGUAUUUUCCCAACUCAAUAUUCACCUUCACACAACUCCUAAAAGUGUUUACAUCCGCAAAUAGUUUCCUCUAGCUAAAAAUAAUCAAGAAACAUUCAAGCAUGGCGAUUAGUAUGGCGAAAAUUCUGCGUGCUACUAAGCCAAGCCUCAGGAAGUCUUCUUCAAGAACAAACAGAGAGAGCAAGGUUCCUAAGGGUCACUUUGCAGUUUAUGUUGGUGAGGGUGAAAAGAAGCGGUUUGUUCUUCCUAUAUCAUACUUGAAGGACUCUUCAUUCCAAGAUUUGCUUAGUCAGGCUGAGGAAGAAUUCGGAUUUGAUCAUCCAAUGGGAGGACUCACGAUACCUUGUCCGGAGGCUACUUUUCUUGAAAUCAUUCAAGCUAGCUCAAAUUGAUCUAUAGAGAAGGCGGAAACACAGCUUAGAGUAGUCAAUUAGUCAUUAGCAAACAGUUUUUUUAGAAAGUAAUACUUUCCUAGCACACAGUUUUUUUAACAGAUUCUUGUCUGUUUUUUGGCUGUUGUGAUUAAUAUUAGUUUAUUACUCCGUAUUACUGUAUAGUAAACUCCACAAUUUAGUUACCAUAUUGCGUUCAUCUUUUCCUUUUUCUGACACUGAUAAACUACAAACCUGAAAUCUAAUACAAUUACCCUACACAAAUUUUGACUUUCCAUGUAAAAGAAUUUACAUUUUUUUGCAUCGUAAAUAUGAGAUAUCAAGCUUACCUGAAAUAUGAUAGUAACACAUAUGGGACAGGGGGGAAUUUAGAAUAUGUCAUUGGUUAAUCUCCAAACGUUUAAGUGUAUUUUUAUAAUAAAAUUGUUUUCUCUGAAUUAAGGAAUUCAAUUAAAACAUUUGGACAUACCAUGAUGAACGAAGAAUUGUUAUGAAGUUAACUAGUUAUAAGUUCAAGUCUCCCCAGCCCUUGCUGUCACAGUUGCCCACUGAAGUCAAGCUAAAGAAGAACUUGGAUUGGAUCAUCAGAUUGGUGGACUUACAAGUUACAAUUCCUUGCCCCGAGUAUACCUUCCUUGACAUAAUAUCCAGUACUAUGAGUAGAUCGUGAUAGACCACAGUACAUAUAUAAUUUACGUGGUAGUUUUUAGUCUCCAAAACAAUUGUUCAUGGAUAGAUAUUUCUAGAUUUAGAAAUAUAUAUUCAUUGGUUAGCAUACUGUAUGUAUUCCUAUCUUAUUUUUCUUUGUUUAUCUGAUCAUUUCAGUUUUUAGAUUAGAACUAAGAAACUCUUGCAAAAAUAUAAAUAUGAACAGCAGGCAGACAGGGGGAUGAUUAUUUUAGGACAAGAAAUUGUGUUCUUUUCUAAAUAACUCAUAAGAAAAUAGAAUAACUAGGAUGUAAUCAUCGGUGGUAUGGCACUAAGAUGUAGUUCAGACUUCAGAUUGUGCAUGUGUAUAUAUAUUUCUAGAACUUGUCCUUCUUCAUGGAAACACAAAGGCUGUGUUUGAAAGUUGAAACGUGAAAAAAUUGAAGGAAUGAGUAAAAUAUGCCAGAUGAAAACAAUUUGGUUUGGUUUUACCUUAAAAGAUACCAAGUAAAAUAAAAACUUAUUACAAUAUGUUUUAAAUAUGCAUCGAUUAAUGAGUUUGAACUAAUAUCUUAUGCUACGUAUGUCCUAACAAAGUUUUCUUUCCUUGUCUUAUUUCGGGUUCCAAUCAUAGCCAAAACAUUCUGCACAUUCAAAAGAAAACAAGUCUUUAUGCAAAAGUUGUAUGGGAUGUAUUAUAGGUAUACAGUGAUGGAAUAUGUUCCAUGCUAAUUCUUGGUACCUGGCUAUAAAUAAUGGUGACAGAAUAUUACUUUCUAGUUACGUGAAUAAAAUUUGCAAGUAUUAGAUUUGUGCAUAUUUCCUUUGAUGUAACUAGCUAAAGCAUCCUGACAUCCAUAGCUGAAAAUUGUGUACACCCCAGUCAAGAGCAUCCUUUAUAGCAGCCUUAGUUUCUGCAUCAUUAUAUUGUUCUAACAUCAUACUUGAAGGGCCCUCCCUUCAGAGGGGAUUUGAUCAUCCAAUCAGCCCUAGUUUUUGCAUUUAAGCUGUAUUUAGAUCUCCAUUACCGAUUAGCCAAUUACUCAAUUGGGAAUUUCUCCAUUACUCAAUCUGGAUUUUCUCCAUCAGCAAUUACAGUUACAGUGAAGCCCUAAUGCUGCCAGACCUUAGAAACAGGAUGGACCCUUCACACAGUAUAUGCAGCCUUUAUGUAGUCGGUCCAUAGUGUGCCCUCCUCUUACUCUUGAUUUCCACCACUAUCUCACUACUAACAGAAGCAUCAUGCCAUCAAGAACCUAUGUAAAAGUUGAUAUCAUUUUCCCUAGUUUGCGAUAACAUAAGUUUUUCUGAGCUCCUUGUGUCCCAAAAAGAAAAAUGAUACCCACCUGAAGGUAAAAGUAUACAAUGCAGAAGCACACAACUCCUUGGUUAGUAUUUUUAAGACCCAAUGCAUCAGAAAAGUACCUCCAGUUCUUUUUAGCAGUUUCACCAGACUCAACAGGAGUGACAAAGAUGAUAAUGAUACUAUCAUCUGUUGGGAGCUUAUUUUCAGAUCUUUACAGUUUCUUACCAAGUUCGUAGAAGAGCCGAAAGCGAUCUUUCCAUUACCGAAUGUAUCUAUUUCUAAAAAGAAAACUGCCUUUACUCCUGCAAUAUUGUAUCUGACCAUGCUUUUACCAAAUUUGACUCUACAGUGGCUGCCCAGUGAAUGAAUAAAUCAUCUAUGUUGUCAGCUAUGCCCCCAUUAGUGAGUUUUCCAUGAAGUCAAACCAUAUCUACAUGUGAUGGAUUAUCACUGAUAGUGAUCCAAAACCUUAAAUCUUUAAAAUCCUCCAUGAUGCCGAAAGAAAAUUUUUCUGCCUUCUUGUGAACUAUCCAAGUCUCUUGAGGGCAGCCCCUGAACCAAUCAUAUGAUAGAAGAAGAAAGAGGAAGAUUCUCUGCUUUUCUUGAGCUUCUCUGGUUGUCCCCCCCCCCCCCCCCCCCCCCCUCAAUAUAAUUACGAUCCUUAAGCCUCAUUUAAUGAGCAGAUGAACUUCCUGCCUUCAUGGACUCUUCCAAGGGAAAGCACAACUAGCUCUCUGAAAUGGUUUAAUAAACCCCCCUGCACUAUUCAAAUGCUAAUAAAAUGAAGAACAUGAUGAAGAUGGACACGAGAAUGAAGUAACUGAGACGAGCAAUGCAUUUUUCUGAAAAACUCAAUCAGAGCCAAAUUCCCCAUUAUAGUUCUAGUCCUGGAGAUGCUAUCCUGUUCAUUCAAAAGCAACAAACUGCUUCGAACUGAUAUGGUAUUGAGCAAGAUCAGCAGAAAAAGCGCACAGAAUUUGACUGGGCGGAAUUGCAGUAGUUGAUGACCAGAUUGCCGAAGGAAGUUAUCUAUUUAACUGUUUAGGAGGCUAGGAUAAGCUUUAACUUGUUGUGCAAUCAGUAAAGGCAAAACCAUGUGCAAAGUAGACGUAUGGGGGCACUAUGCCAAAUAGAAAAACAUAUGAUCUGAAGUGUUUCCUUUCCCAGGAACAAAAAAAUUAGGGACCACAAGGUCUGUUUCCUAACCAAUACAGUUUCCAGGGAAAUAACCAUUCAUCUUCGCCAUACAUUUCACAUGUCUCCUACUAGUUGAGCUAUCACUAUUUUUCAAUUUCACUGAACCAUGUAAGGGAAUAAUGCUUAAAGACAAUACCAUGUGGUAAUGUCUCAGUCAUACCAACCUCAAAGCUAGCUGUUUGGUGGAGCCUUUCACCAUCCAUCAUGAACCUAUGGAAUCUGGAGUUUUUCCAUACACUACAACCAUACAAUGUCAAAUCACAUGGGCUGUUUCCUAAUAAUUUAAGGGUUCAAACUACUAGGUAGGCUUUCUUGUAAAGACAUUAGUGGUUAGAAUAUCCUCAUCUGUUUAAGAUUUAUUGAAUCAUCGGGUAAAGAAGAACCCAUCUACAGUAGAUUCAUUAAAGAAGGUAGGGUGAUGUGUAAAGACAAGCCAUCUUCUUGUAUUAAUUUGAUAAAACCAAUUGUUGACGUCUCUUAUCUUGGAAGGCUGGCAGGAUUUCCACGUAGAUAUCUUUCAGCACUCAUUCAAUCAACCUCCCAAUGGAUCUAUCUAUAUAAGCACUACUAAGUUUGGUAUUCUCCCCAACUCAUAAUACCUUCUUCACACAACUCCUUAAAGAAUCUAUCUACAUUUAGUUUUCCACAGCUAAAGAAACAUUCAACCAUGGCCAUUAGUAUGACAAGAAUUCUGCGUGCUACUAAGCCCAGCCUCAGGAGGUCAUCCUCAAGAACUCACAAAGAAAGUGAGGUUCCUAAGGGUCACUUUGCAGUUUAUGUUGGUGAGGGUGAAAAGAAGCGUUUUGUCCUUCCGAUAUCAUACUUGAAUGACUCUUUAUUCCAAGAUUUGCUUAGUCAAGCUGAAGAAGAAUUCGGAUUUGAUCAUCCAAUGGGAGGACUCACAAUACCCUGUCCCGAGGCUACUUUCCUUGACAUCAUCUCUAGCUCAAUUUGAUCAUUAUCAUAGAAUACAGAUAAAGAUGGCAUAGUGUAGUUUAGUGAACAAUUCUUUUUGGGUAUAAGAGUUAACUUGUACAGUUGAUAUUGAAAAUAGAGAAUAUACUAUAACUUCAUUACCUUGGAACUUUUCCUGAUUUGUUCUGUUACUCACAACACAGUUACCGAAUCUAGUGCAGGCAAGAGACAGAGUGCUCUCUUAUAAUUCAAGUCUUGAUGGAGGAAUAUAUUUGUCAAAGAAAAACUUGAUUAAUAAAACGCUUAUAUUCUAUAAUAAUGAUUUUUAAUCCUUUUUUCAAAGAAAAUCUGUACAUUUCAAAGGGUAAAGCUAUAAAUAUGAACCUGGGAGCUUAUCUUUAAUCACAGUAUCACACAUUGAGGGGGCCUUUUGAGUCAUGGCCGUUGUCAUUAGCAAACAGAUUUUUGGAAAGGAAUACCUUCCUAGCACACAGUUUUUUUUUACAGAUUCUUGUCUUUUUUUGGCUGUCGCGAUUGAUAUUAGUUUAUUAUUAUUCUAGUAAACUUCACAAUCUAGUUACCAUUUUGCGUUCAUCUUAUCCUUUUUCUUACACUGAUAAACUACAAAUCUGAAAUCUAAUACAAUUAUGUUACACAAAAUUUGACUUUCCAAAGAAAAAAAUUACAUUUUUGUUCAUAGUAAAUUGGGAGUAUGAGAUUUCAAGCUUACAAUAUGAUAGUAACUAAUAACUAUUGUGGGACAGGGUGGAUUUUACCAUACGUCACUGCUUACGUGUACGUGUAUUUUUAUAAAUUAAUGUUUACGUGUAUUUUUAAAAUAAAAUUGUCUUCUUUGAGUUAAUGAGUUCAAUUAAAACAUUAGGACAUAUACCAUGAUCAAUGAAGAAUUGUUAUGAAGUUAACUAGUUAUAAGUGCAAGUCUCCUCACCCCUUGCUGUUACAGUUGCCCACCUAAGUCAAGCUGAAGAACCUGGAUUUGAUCAUCCCGUACUAUGAGUAGAUCUUGAUAGACCACAGUCAUAUACAACAACAUCCAAGCCUUAUUCCCAAACGAUUUUUGAAGUCGGCUAACAUGAAUCGAUCGAUGAUAUCGGAUCCAAAAAGUAAAGAAAGAUAAAAAAAUAAAAAAGAUAAGGUAAGAUAAAAAAGAUGAGAUAAAGAUAAAUAUAAGAUAAAAGAACAUAUAAAAGAUCAUCAUCAUCAUUACUCCAGUGCCGCAAAGGCUCCCACCUAAGGUGGGGUAGGGGGUCGCAUGUACACAGUCUUACCCCUACAGUAAAACAUAGAGACUUUUUCCGGAUGACCCAAAGUGAAAAUCGUGUCGAAAAUUGCAUGGACUGACUGCGGCUUCAUAACAAAGAAGAACAAACAUUUUAGUGAACCAUUUAGCUGUAUUCCAUCACAUUCCCAAACCAAAAAAUAGUGAGUCUUUGGCUCCAUUGCAAAUGAUGGAAGAUAAAAGAUAAAAAUAACAAAAGAACAUAAGAACGAUAAAGAAGACAAAAAGUUAAAAGAAGAGAGAGAGAGAGAGAGAGAGAGAGAGAGAGGAGAUCAAUUCUCCAAACGAAUAUGCGCCCUUCAAAGUACAUACUCCCUCCGUAUCACUUUAGUUGUUCUGUUUGCUUUUCCACGUAGUUUAAGAUAAUUAUUAUAGACUUUAUGAAAAGUAAGAGGUUUUUGGUAAUGUAGCGGUACUGUAGCGGUAUUGUAGCUGCUUUUUGGGUGGGUCUCUCUUUCCAAAAAGGGAAAUGAGACAAUUAAUUUGAUACGUCCCAAAAAGGAAAUUGGGACAACUAAAGUGAUACGGAGGGAGUAUAAUUUAGUUUUUAGUCCCCAAAACAAGUGUUCAUGAAUAGCCUUUUUUCCUUAUUAGAUUUAGAAAUAGAUCUUUAUUGGUUAGCAUAUUGUAUGCGUUCCUACUUUUCUUUGUUUAUCUGAUCAUUUCAGUUUUCAGAUUAGAUCAAAGAAAAUCUUGUAAAAAUAUAAAUAUGAACAGCAGGCAGAAAGGGUGGUGAUCAAUUUAGGAUAAGAAAUUGUUUUCUUUUAGCAAUUUUACAAUCAGAAUCUUGAACAAAAAGAUCUUGCAAAUACGCCUUCCACCCAUUGAAAUAAAGCAAUUGAAUCCUUUUUUACCCGCUGGUGCCCGUUAGAUGGUAACUUCCUCAUGAGAAGUUACCGGCAUGAGUAGGUCAAAAGGGUUGGAUUGCUUUAUUUCAAUAGGUCGAUAGGUGUAUUUGCAAAGUCUUUCAGUUGAGGAGUCUGAUUGCAGAAUCGUUAAUAGUUCGAGGGCAUGUUUGCCCUUUUUUCUUUUCUGAAUAAUUGGUGAGAGAAUAGAAUAACUAAGAUGUAAUAUGUAGUUCAAAUUUGUGCAUGUGUAUAUAUAUUUCUAGAUCUUAUCUUUCUUCAUGGAAACACAAAGGCUGUGUUUGAAAGUUGAAAUGUGAAAAACUUGAAGGAAUGAGUAAAAUAUGCCAAAUGAAAACAAUUUGCUUUGGUCUUACCUUAAAAGAUACCAGGUAAUAUAAAAAAAAACUUAUUACAAUAUGUUUUAAAUAUGCAUCUAUAAAUGAGUUUGAACUAAUAUCUUAUACAUAGUAUAUCCUAAUAAAUUUUUCUUUCCGUGUCUAAUUUCAGGUUCCAAUCAUAGCCAAACAUUCUGGGAUGUAUUAUAGGUAUACAGUGAUGGAAAAUGUUCAAUGAAAAUAUUGGUACCUGGCUAUAAAAAAUGGUGGCAGAAUAUUACUUUAAAGUUACGUGAAUAAAAUAACAGUUUAUUGGUUAAACAGAUUUUCAAGGAGAAUUUGAAAGGAAUGAAUAAAUCAUUACACUUAUAAGAAGAUUACUUUGGAAAAUAUGAAUUUGAAGUAUUAGAUUUGUGCAUAUUUCCUUUGAUGUAACUAGCUAAAGCUUCCUGACAUCUGUAGUUGAAAAUUGUGUACACCCCAGUCAAGAGCAUCCUUCAUAGCAGCCUUAGUUUCUGCAUCAUUAUAUUGUUCUAGCAUCAUACUUGAAGGGUCCUCCCUUCAGAGAUUUGCCAAAAAAUAAAUAAUAUGCGAUUUGAUCAUCCAAUCAGCCCUAGUUUUUGCAUUUAAGUUGUAUUUAGAUCUCCAUUACCGAUUAGCCAAUUACUCAAUUGGGAAUUUCUCCAUUGGCAAUUGAUUCAAUCUGGAUUUUCUCCAUUAGCAAUUAGAGUUACAGUGAAGCCAUAAUGCUGCCAGAUCUUAGAAACAGGAUGUACCCUUCACACAAUAUAUGUAGCCUUUAUGUACUCAGUCCAUAGUGUUCCCUCCUAUUGUUCUUGAUUUCCACCACCUCACUAGCAACAGAAGCAUGAUGCCAUCAAGAACCUAUGUAAAAGUUAAUCUCAUCUUCCCUAGUUUGAGAUAGCAUAAGUUUUUCUAUUUUGCCUUUACUCCUGCAAUAUUGUUUCCGACCAUGCUUUUACCAAAUUUGACUCUACGGCGGCUGCCCAGUGAAUUAAUCACCAUGAAGUCAGACCAUAUCUACAUCGGAUGGACUAUCACUGAUAUUGAUCCAAAAGCUUGAAUCUUUAAAAGUCUCCAUGAUGGCGAAAGAAUCUAAAUUUUCUGCUUUCUUGUGAACUAUCCAAGUCUCUUGAGGGCAGCCUCUGAGCCAAAUAUAUGGAAGAAGAAAGAGGAAGAUUCUCUGCUUUUCAUGAGCUUCUCUGCUAGAUUCCCCACCACCCCCGAGUAUAAUUACAAUCCUCAAGCCUCAUUUCAUCAGAUGAACUUCCUGCCUCCAUGGACUCUUCCAAGGGAAAGCAGUCAUAGCUCUCUGAAAUGAUUUAAUAACCCCCUGCACUAUUCAAAUGCUAAUAAAAUGAAGAAAAACAUUAUGAAGAUGGACACCAGAAUGAAGUAACUGAGACGAGCAAUGCAUUUUUUCGGAAAAACUCAAUCAGAUAGCCAAAUUCUCCAUUAUAGCUCUAGUCCUGAAAAUGCUAUCCUGUUCAUUCAAAAGCAACAAACUUCUUCGAACUGAUAUGGUAUUGAGCAAAAUCAGCAGAAACAAUGCACAUAUUUUGACUGGGCUCAGUGGGCUGAAU